AUGCAAAGGAACUCAGUACCUGUUCGUCAACUAAUUCAAUACAAGGGACAACUGGAUCCAUUGAUGGGUGAUGCCCUUAAUAAGUCUGUAAGAGAAACCACUCUAGAAGCUUUAUCAGCUAUAUUUGUUGGAGAUGACAACAGUAAACCACUACCACAAGAAGGUCUUACACAACGUAUAAAAGGUUUUGGAAACACAAACUUUGAUGUUCCAUCUGAUGAUAAGAAGUCAUUUCUUAGUGAUAUGGUUGGCAUUGGAAGUGCAACAAUCAAUCAAGGGUUAAAUAGCUUAUCACAAGCUCAAAGUCAUAAUAAAAAUGACACAGGAACUUACAAGGAUCCUAAUUUGAGAAUAUCAUUGACUAAUGAAUCGAGUUACUCUGAUAGCGAAGAACUUUCUAGUCAUGCUGCACUUUCUUCUAGGUCAUCAACAAAUGCAUCUGGAUCUUGGGGUCAAGAUCUAAACACAAGUCAAGUAGAUACUGAAAAUGGGAAUGCAAGCUCAAGUUAUUCGAAUUAA